AUGUCUUCUGUUGAAGUCCAGGAGGCGAAGCCAGCUGUAGCGAAGGGCUGGGAUUCUUUGCUCCCUGAGCUACAUUUGGCGAUUUUCAGGGAGUUUCUUGCUCUAGGAGAACACGUCGAUCAUCACUAUCCAGACUCUUGUAGGGAGAUACUAGAGACUCCAUCAGACUGGGACCUAAGCACUCGUCGUUCUUGGCAUAUGUACAGGCGUCGCAAUGUCAUCGCCCCCUUGGAUACGCCUAUCGAUCAGAACACCUCAAAGUGCGACGUGUGUGUUGACAUUAACAGUGCCUUGACUGUCUGUAGAUCAUGGAACAUACUUCUGAAAGACCAGAUACUUCGACGCUUGAGUCUGGAGUUGAUCAUCUACAGAGGGAGUUCUUCACUAGCUGAGAGUGCACUUCUUCGUUGGACUGUACGGGCUGUCAAAUUGUCAGAUGGGGACGACGCACCACUGCCGUGGAUCUUGGACAGUGGAACUGAUCUCUUAGCGGUCGCUGUGCGUCGCGGACUCCCAGAUUGUAUCGGACCAUUGGCGGAUCUCUUCCCAAGCAAGGAAGUUAUGUCGCUAUUCGGCGGUGACUGGGUUGGAUGCAGAUGUUACGCACACGUCGCAGCAGCGAAUGGCAACGUAGACGUUCUCCGUCUUCUAAAGUUGCACGGUUUCAACCUCCAUCAAGAAGACACUCGGGGACGAACACCAGUUUGCAUUGCAAUCCGCUGCAAUAACAUGAGAGCGGUAGAGUAUCUACUUUCCAUUGAAAAUGCCAAGAGACGCUUCGACCGCGAGGCACUUUCAUACGCUGUUUACUUCAGUCCCGUUACUACAGUGGAACUAGUUGCCCAACAUAUCCUUGAAAGAUGUCGGUCGUGGGAGGAAAGAGUCAAGGCGUACACGACAGCCCUCUCAUGGUCACUUCGACGGCAUGAUCUUUCUACAAAUGAUGAGGCCGCCAGGUACCUUGUCGAAGCACUUCCCGACAAGCAUUUAGUUGGAAUGGGGCCUAAAUACAUAAUUACCGCAAUUCAUCACGGGGCAUGUGUGAACCUUAUUAAACAUCUUAUUGACAAAGGCGCCGAUGUCAAUGCUUCGAGCCCUUCACAUCUGGAGGUGCCAUUGGAAACUACUAUUAGCCGAGGUGAUGAAGAAAUCAUUCGUCUGCUCCUCGAUUCUAGAGCAAAAUGCACACCGCAAGCCUUGUGCCGUGCUUCAACUUCGACAGAAGAAAUAUUAGACCUAGUAUUCGGGUAUUACGUCUACCGAGACAUUGACCUGUACCAAUGUGUGACUAUUGGCAAUUCUGUGGUGGUUCAAAGACUCCUUGCCUUUGGCAGAAAUCCUAAUCCGUCGACCGGAAGUGCAAAUGCAUUGCAGAUGGCUGUCCUUCGUGGGUCUUUGGAGAUUUCCACAAUGCUUCUUGAGGCCGGCGCGAAUCCCAAUCACUUUGUCGACAACUUCAUGGAGGGAGCAUGGGGUACGCCACUGUACAUAGCAACUAUCCACUCCAACAUCCCAUUGGUUAAGCUUCUCCUGCGCCACGGAGCCGAUUCUACUUGCUCUCCGCAUUGGCGUAGAAAGCCCGUUCUACACGUGAAUGUUGGUCAAGGCCCCAUGCCUCUAAUCAAGGUUCUCGUCGAGUAUGACUGA